ACAGUGAAGAAAAGAAAUGGCGAUGCUCGGAGGCUUCAGCGCAGCUCAGCACAAGAAGAACGUGUCGGACGGCGGCGGCGGCGGCGACGUGUCGGAGUUCGUGUGUCCGGUCUGCCUGGAGAUCUUCGACAGUCCCGUCAAAACACAAUGCGGACAUACGUUUUGCCAGAGUUGUCUGCAGGAGUGUUUGCGACCACAGAAGCCCGUGUGUGCUGUAUGUAGGGCCACGCUGGGCCAAUGGACUAAGGCUGCUGACCUAGAGGCCCUCAUCCAAUCGUCUGUGGCAGCUUGCAAGGGAUGCGGAGCUCAGAUUGGGCUUUCUCAGAUGAGAAGCCACACGGCUGCCUGUUCAAAAUACCAGGAUUACAUUGAGGAGGGGGUGAGGACCACUGCCCAGAGCCAGCCUGCCAUCAUCAGUCCAGUGCCAAAUCGCUACACCUUCACAUGCCCAUACUGCAACUGCCAGAACCUCGAUCAGGACGGCCUGGUCGAACACUGCACUUCCCAGCAUUCACGAGAUACACGCCAAGUAGUUUGCCCCAUCUGUGCCUCAAUGCCCUGGGGGGACCCCAACUACAGGAGUGCUGACUUUUUCCAGCACCUGAAAAUCAGACACACCUUCUCCUAUGAUACCUUUGUUGACUACUCUACAGAUGAGCACACAAUGAUCCAGGAGGCUCUACAGCGCUCCCUCUUGGACAACUAGAGCGGGAGGAGCAACCCAUCAGAGCAGGGAUCCAGUGACGUGAAGGGUAGAUUGUGAAGUCUUGAGAAGACCAAGCAACACACUUAAAUCAUCAUUCGUCGAUCAUAAGGUUGUUGUUACUGUAUUACUAUGGGUAAUCAGUUUCACAGGGAAUGGGUAUUGUAACUAUGAAUCUAUUAGGUUUAUUAUUCAGAUAAUAAAUCAAGCAAUAUGGUUAAAGAAGCAUAUUGUACUGUUUGAUUUAGGAUACAGUGUUUCUGGUGUGAUAAUCUUUUAUCUUCCCCCAUGAGUUGAGUCUGUAGAUUUGAUAGUUUGUUGAAUAUCUAUUAAACUAUGUUUAUUGAAGCUGUUCAUCGAUGACAUGUUGGUGUCAUAUAGCCAAAAACUUCCAAAGUUGUGAUUAAAAUCAAUACUUGAUGUUAUGAAAGGGUUUGACCACUACGUGGCUAACUAUUGCCAGCAAACAACGAGCUUCACUCAGUGGAGGCAUCGGUCAAGUGAUGUUAACGGUAAUAUAUAAUAAAAUACUCAAGAGUGACGAUGCAUGUUUACUCUCAAAAGAGAUGAGGGUGUUUUUUUAUUUUUGGUUUAUUAGCAGAUGGAAGCUCUGUGUUUUUUUUAUGUUUUGUCUGGGUGACGUGUGUGUGAGAGAGUAUGUGUUCUCUCUGUUUUCAGAGAUCUACUGGAAAGAAUAAAUAAUACAAGGGUCGAACAAA